UGUUAGAAGCGUUUUGUAGUUUGCUGUUGUUUGAUGAUGGAGUGGAGUUACAAAACAAAAACCCACAAGUUUGGGAUUGCUGUGAAGACCCUGUUUCCAGCAAAAGGCGCAGGACAAGGCCAGGAUGGCGGCCCAGGUGACCCUGGAGGACGCACUGUCCAAUGUGGACCUGCUGGAGGAGCUGCCUCUGCCUGACCAGCAGCCCUGCAUCGAGCCCCCGCCGUCCUCGCUGCUCUACCAGCCCAACUUCAACACUAACUUCGAAGACAGAAAUGCGUUUGUCACCGGGAUCGCCAGAUACAUCGAACAAGCGACCGUCCAUUCUAGCAUGAAUGAGAUGCUGGAGGAGGGCCAAGAGUAUGCUGUCAUGCUGUACACCUGGAGGAGUUGCUCUAGGGCCAUCCCUCAGGUGAAAUGUAACGAGCAGCCUAAUAGAGUGGAAAUUUAUGAGAAAACUGUGGAGGUCCUGGAACCUGAGGUCACCAAACUGAUGAAUUUCAUGUACUUCCAGAGAAAUGCCAUCGAGCGUUUCUGCGGGGAGGUGAGGCGCCUGUGCCACGCGGAGCGGAGGAAGGACUUCGUGUCCGAAGCCUACCUGAUCACGCUGGGCAAGUUCAUCAACAUGUUUGCGGUGCUGGACGAGCUGAAGAACAUGAAGUGCAGUGUGAAGAACGAUCACUCCGCCUACAAGAGGGCCGCUCAGUUUUUACGGAAAAUGGCAGACCCACAGUCCAUCCAGGAGUCGCAGAAUCUGUCCAUGUUCCUGGCCAACCACAACAAGAUCACCCAGUCUCUGCAGCAACAGCUUGAAGUGAUUUCAGGCUAUGAAGAGCUCCUGGCUGACAUUGUGAACCUGUGCGUGGAUUACUACGAGAACAGGAUGUACCUGACGCCCAGCGAGAAACACAUGCUUCUCAAAGUCAUGGGGUUCGGCCUGUACCUGAUGGACGGGAGCGUCAGCAACAUCUACAAACUGGACGCCAAGAAAAGGAUAAACUUGUCCAAAAUCGACAAGUUCUUCAAGCAACUCCAGGUGGUCCCACUGUUUGGGGACAUGCAAAUAGAACUGGCGAGAUAUAUCAAGACCAGCGCCCACUAUGAAGAAAACAAAUCACGGUGGACAUGCACGUCUUCUGGCAGCAGCCCCCAGUACAACAUCUGCGAGCAGAUGAUCCAGAUCCGGGAUGACCACAUGCGCUUCAUCUCCGAGCUGGCGCGCUAUAGCAACAGCGAGGUUGUCACAGGUUCGGGCCGCCAGGAGGCGCAGAAGACAGAUGCUGAGUACCGGAAGCUCUUCGACCUGGCCCUGCAGGGCCUGCAGCUGCUCUCACAGUGGAGUGCACACGUGAUGGAAGUGUAUUCGUGGAAGCUUGUGCACCCCACCGACAAGUACUCCAACAAGGACUGCCCCGACAACGCCGAGGAGUACGAGCGUGCCACGCGCUACAACUACACCAGCGAGGAGAAGUUCGCCCUGGUGGAGGUGAUCGCCAUGAUCAAGGGCCUGCAGGUGCUGAUGGGCAGGAUGGAGAGCGUGUUCAACCACGCCAUCCGGCACACCGUCUACGCCGCCUUGCAGGACUUCGCCCAGGUCACGCUCCGUGAGCCGCUCCGGCAGGCCAUCAAGAAGAAAAAGAACGUCAUUCAGAGCGUCCUGCAGGCCAUCAGGAAGACCGUGUGCGACUGGGAGACAGGCCAUGAGCCCUUCAACGACCCGGCCCUCCGGGGCGAGAAAGACCCCAAAAGCGGCUUCGACAUUAAAGUGCCCCGGCGCGCCGUGGGACCCUCCAGCACGCAGCUGUACCUGGUGCGCACCAUGGCGGAGUCCUUGAGCUCUGCUGAGCUGCUGCGGCAGCUCAAGUCUCUGGGCAUGGAAAGGCUGUUGCAUGUGGUUAACGCGUUUCUGAGGCAGUCCUACACCUAUCCGCCUCUUUUAACCUUCGGUGGUAAGACAUCGUUCGUUUAUCUUGUCCAUCUCCGCGCACGGAAGCGAUGGCUCCGCGCAGGUCCUUCCUCCCAGGCAGCAGCCGCGCGGCCACGUAGGUGGGCGCCCAGCCCCCCGAGAGGCGCGGGCGCCCGGCCCGGCCCGGAUCAGGAACAGCGCUGCGUUGGGCGAUGGCAGGUCGGCGCAACUAAUGUACCGUGUGUAUUUUCUCCCCCGCGAAUGUUCCCUUGGAUAACGCAGCUUUACAUGGUGAGAACCAUGCUAGAGUCCCUCAUUGCGGACAAAAGUGGUUCCAAGAAAACUUUGAGAAGUAGCCUUGAAGGGCCCACGAUUUUGGACAUAGAAAAAUUCCAUCGAGAGUCCUUCUUCUACACUCACUUGAUAAAUUUCAGUGAAACUCUGCAGCAGUGCUGCGACCUGUCCCAGCUGUGGUUCCGUGAGUUCUUCCUGGAGCUGACGAUGGGCCGGAGGAUGCAGUUCCCCAUCGAGAUGUCCAUGCCCUGGAUCCUGACGGACCACAUCCUGGAGACCAAGGAGGCGUCCAUGAUGGAGUAUGUCCUCUACUCGCUGGACUUGUACAAUGACAGUGCCCACUACGCCCUCACCAAGUUCAACAAGCAGUUUCUCUACGACGAAAUCGAGGCGGAGGUGAAUCUGUGCUUUGACCAGUUUGUUUACAAGUUGGCAGAUCAGAUAUUUGCAUAUUAUAAGGUUAUGGCCGGAAGUUUGCUUCUUGAUAAACGGUUACGAUCCGAAUGCAAGAACCAAGGGGCAGCGAUCCACCUCCCGCCCUCCAACCGCUACGAGACACUCCUCAAACAGAGGCACGUGCAGCUCCUGGGCAGGUCCAUCGACCUCAAUCGCCUGAUUACCCAGCGCGUUUCGGUGGCCAUGUACAAGUCUCUGGAACUAGCAAUUGGACGGUUUGAAAGUGAGGACCUGACCUCAAUCGUCGAGCUGGACGGCCUCUUGGAAAUCAACCGCAUGACCCACAAGCUGCUGAGCCGGUACCUGACGCUGGACAGCUUCGACGCCAUGUUCCGGGAGGCCAACCACAACGUGUCUGCGCCCUACGGGAGGAUCACGCUGCACGUCUUCUGGGAGCUCAACUACGACUUCCUGCCCAACUACUGCUACAACGGCUCCACCAACCGGUUUGUUCGGACAGUGUUACCAUUUUCUCAAGAAUUUCAGAGAGACAAGCAGCCUAAUGCGCAGCCGCAGUAUUUGCAUGGAUCCAAGGCACUGAACCUGGCCUACUCGAGCAUUUAUGGCAGCUACCGGAACUUCGUGGGGCCACCGCACUUCCAAGUCAUCUGUAGGCUGCUCGGCUACCAGGGCAUCGCCGUGGUCAUGGAGGAGCUGCUGAAGGUCGUCAAGAGCCUGCUGCAAGGCACGAUCCUGCAGUACGUGAAGACGCUGAUGGAGGUGAUGCCCAAGAUCUGCCGCCUGCCCCGGCACGAGUACGGCUCCCCGGGCAUCCUGGAGUUCUUCCACCACCAGCUGAAGGACAUCGUGGAGUACGCGGAGCUGAAGACCGUGUGCUUCCAGAACCUGCGCGAGGUGGGCAACGCCGUCCUGUUCUGCCUGCUCAUUGAGCAGAGCCUGUCUUUAGAAGAAGUGUGUGACCUGCUGCACGCGGCCCCCUUCCAGAACAUUCUGCCGAGGGUACAUGUGAAAGAGGGAGAGAGACUCGAUGCCAAAAUGAAAAGGCUGGAAUCCAAGUACGCCCCCCUGCACCUCGUCCCUCUGAUUGAGAGACUGGGGACCCCUCAGCAAAUCGCCAUUGCGAGAGAGGGCGACUUGCUGACCAAGGAGCGCCUCUGCUGUGGCCUGUCCAUGUUCGAGGUCAUCCUGACGCGGAUCCGGACCUUCCUGGACGACCCCAUCUGGCGCGGGCCUCUGCCCAGCAACGGCGUCAUGCACGUGGACGAGUGCGUCGAGUUCCACCGCCUGUGGAGCGCCAUGCAGUUCGUGUACUGCAUCCCCGUGGGCACCCACGAGUUCACGGUCGAGCAGUGCUUCGGCGACGGGCUGCACUGGGCGGGCUGCAUGAUCAUCGUGCUUCUUGGGCAGCAGCGGCGCUUCGCGGUGCUGGAUUUCUGCUACCACCUGCUCAAAGUGCAGAAACACGACGGCAAAGACGAGAUUAUCAAAAACGUGCCUUUGAAGAAGAUGGUGGAGAGAAUUCGCAAGUUCCAGAUUCUGAACGACGAGAUCGUUGCCAUCUUGGACAAGUACCUGAAGUCGGGGGACGGGGAGAGCACGCCCGUGGAGCACGUCCGCUGCUUCCAGCCGCCCAUCCACCAGUCCCUGGCCAGCAGCUGAGGACGUGCGUGUCACCUGGUUUUGAAGAGUCCCAGUCCUGACCGCACUCAGUAGGGCAUGUUUUGCAUCAAAAAGUGAGAUAUUUAGGGACUAUUUGUCAGUAUCUUUGUAUCUGUUCGAGGGGGUGCUUUUCGACCUGAAAGCUUAAUUUUAUAAAAUCAACUUAUUUUUCUAGACUAAAAUUGUAUAUGCUUUCAGUAAUUAGGAAGUCUGCGACUUUUGGCUGCUGAUUGUCGCCAUCAUUGCCCUUACACACAGUUAUUUUCCAUUUUUCUGUGGACUGUCAUAAAGUAAGUGCUGCUGUUCAUCCGGUUCUCCCUUAGCCAAGCAUCAGUGGUAUUUCGAGAUUUAUGACCUGAAGCAAGAGAAACUUAAUACCAGCAAAUCACAAUAAAACUUACUGCUUAGAAUUAAAGUUAAUGAUUAUUUAGCUUUUGUUUAGGGAUUUUUCUAAUGGUCUUUUAUGAAUCACAGUCAUUGUUCCCUUCCCUUUUCUGUCACGUUUCAGAAUAUAGUGACCUUGACAUUCCUGUUUCUAUUAAAUCCAGCUGUAACAAAAUCUAAUUUGUGAGGGAUGAUUUAAAGCUUACAGAAAUAAAACUAACAAAACCUA